UAUUUGAGCAAGAACAAAGAUCUGAAAUUGUGUUAGUUGAAUUAUCUCAAUUAUUAAUAUCAGAGAUUAAAUCUUAUAAUUCUCUUCAAAUUAAUCCAGAAAAGCCAAAGAUGAUUAUAAUUUGGAAAACCCGUAUAAUUAAGGAUAAGAAAGGAAAAAAAUCUGAAGCAG